AAUGAGCACAUCCUCUUGCCCCCAAGGCCAAGGUGAUCACCAUUCUCAGUGAUCCACAGGCCCAAGCAUACUCCUGGUAACACGGGACCUGAUCCAAACCUAAUUGCAGUCAAAGGUAGAGCUCCAGUAGUUGAUAAAAUAUGCUAAUCUACUAACUUCAGUUAAAAUGAGUAUUGGAAAGAAGAUUUCAGACAAAAAGACAUGAGCAAAACUUCAGCUAAGAAAAAAUUCAGGAAAUUUGUGGUUUGGAAAUGCCUGCAUAGCAGCACUUUAUUAUUGCUGACGACAUUGGGACAGCCUAGGGGUGUGAACCCCUUUUGAAAUGCAUAUUCCCUGAACAGUGGAUUUUGAAAGCCUGUCAGAAAAACCAACCCUUUUAGCAGCAUUUAAAUCUGUACUCAGCCUUCAGUAUUGCUGAAAUCUCUGUGGGACUUAAACUUAUCCCUAAAUGCUGCCCUUAGGAGAAAUUUUCAUGACAAACUAAUUUUCAGAAACAUGGCCUGUAAAUGUGUGGAAAACCAGCAAAGCAUCUUUGUCUUCCCAUUUCCUGAAGCUCAGAUCAAUUAUAAAACCACUGAUUUUUAGAAGUCCUUCCAAAGGAGCUCUUUUCCUGUCAGGGUGUGUCAGUCUGUCAGUCACAUUUCAAGCCAUGGAUUUGAAAACCGACCUGCAGAAGCAGCUACCUUUGUCCUAAAUUUAACUUUACAGCUUCUCUGUGGGGCUUUCAAUUAGGAUUUUUGUUUUAAGAAGAAAAAGAAAAAGAACACUGAAAAUGUCAGUCCAAACACAGUGAGCAAUGCUGGUAUAUGGGAGGCCCACACAUAUUGUUGCCUUCUUCAGACUCCAGGAUGAUCAGGAACAUAAAAUGCCUAUUUUUGGAUAAAAAGAACUUGAAAAAACUUGUUUCAGGGACAUAAAAAGAGCUGGUUCUGCUGUUCGAAGGCCUGGGUGGCUCUGGGGCCUGAUGGCGUCACUGAGGGCUGAGGGCAGUAGGUGGAGAGGUGGAUCUGUGACCCUGCUCAUAAUCCCGUGUUUUCCACUUAAAACUUGAUAGUCUCGAUGGAGGAAGUUUCAAAAACCCCAGCAUAUUUCAGUCUUGUUUGCUGAAAGCUUGGAUUCUGAGGUGGUGGGAGCUGGUGUGGCUGGAAGGAAAUGGAACCCCCAGGCCGGGUCAGAGCCGCCUCGGGCUGGAAGGAAUUGGAACCCCCAGGCCGGGUCAGAGCCGCCUCGGGCUGGAAGGAAUUGGAGCCCCCAGGCCGGGUCAGAGCCGCCUCGGGCUGGAAGGAAUUGGAACCCCCAGGCCGGGUCAGAGCCGCCUCGGGCUGGAAGGAAUUGGAGCCCCCCGGCCGGGUCAGAGCCGCCUCGGGCUGGAAGGAAUUGGAGCCCCCAGGCCGGGUCAGAGCCGCCUCGGGCUGGAAGGAAUUGGAACCCCCAGGCCGGGUCAGAGCCGCCUCGGGCUGGAAGGAAUUGGAACCCCCAGGCCGGGUCAGAGCCGCCUCGGGCUGGAAGGAAUUGGAACCCCCAGGCCGGGUCAGAGCCGCCUCGGGCUGGAAGGAAAUGGAACCCCCAGGCCGGGUCAGAGCCGCCUCGGGCUGGAAGGAAUUGGAACCCCCAGGCCGGGUCAGAGCCGCCUCGGGCUGGAAGGAACUGGAACCCCCAGGCCGGGUCAGAGCCGCCUCGGGCUGGAAGGAAUUGGAACCCCCAGGCCGGGUCAGAGCCGCCUCUGCCUCAAGGGCAAAAGCGCCUCCUGGUGUCCGUAUGAAAAUGGGAUCGACUUGUGGGAGCUGCGGUCCCUGGCAGCUCUGCUCGCCGGCUGCCUCCCAGGAAAACCUAAUUCCUAUGGAUUUGGGGAAUCCCGGGAUUCCGUGA